AUGGCUGAUAGAACUGUGAAGAGUCCUAUUGGUGUUCCUCAAGAUGUUCUUGUGAAAGUGGAGUCGUUUAUAUUUCCGGCGGAUUUUGUGAUAUUUGAUUGGGAUGGACUAUUGUGUACAUUAUUGGGAUUCCUCCUGCCUAGUAUUGAGCACGAAAGGAGACUAAAUCCGCCUAUGCAAGAUGUAGUGAAAAAGGAAAUUAUCAAGGGGUUGGAUGGAAGAGUCAAUUAUCCUAUCGCAAAUAGUAGUUGGGUUUGUCAUGUUCAGUGUGGGCCCAAGAAAGGUGAGAUUACUGUGGUUCCUAAUGCAAAAAACGAUCUUGUUCCAAUGCGGCUCGUGAUUGGAUGGAGAGACACUAUUGAGGAUGCAAAAACAAGGUUAAUUAGAUGGGUGUUGUUGCUGCAAGAGUUUGAUUUUGAGGUGAAAGCUAGAAAGGGGAUGGAAAAUCAAGUUGCCGACCUCUUGUCCAGAUUAGAGGAAAAAGCUAUGCUCAAGCUAGUAGAUGGGGAUGAAAUUAAUGAUGCUUUUCUAGACGAACAUGUAUUGGCUGCUUCCCAUGAUCUUAUUCCUCGGUUCACAGAGUUUGCUAUCUACUUGGCAAGUGAUUUGGUUCCAUCAGAAUUGUCUUUUUACCAAAGGAAAAAGUUUAUGCAUGAUGUGAAGAAGUUCUUUUGGGAUAAGCCUUACUUGUUCUUCAAGGUUGCGCUUGUUUCUUGGCAAACUCAAGUCCAAGUGGACCGAGCCAUUCAUAGUCACUCAAGUGUUCCCACAUGGAGCGGUCGAGAUCGGGAACAAGGAGGGAACAAGGUUCAAGGUGAACAGGCAAAGGAUCAAGGUCUACAUGGGAAAGAUGAGAGCUUGCAAGAACUUUUUGAGGCCUAUUACCUUGAUGAAGUCUAA